GUAUAAAUGCGGUGGCGAGACCAAACAGUUCCAUCAGUUGUGACGGACAGUUCGAGUCGUAAAAAAGUGAUAAAAUCGUGCAAGCUGCGGUGUAAAAACUUCAACUAUGAAGGGCCAUAUGAUUUUAUUAGUCGUUGCGAUAUUCUCGGUCUUCGCAGAGAUAAACGCUUCGGAAGAGAACAAGUGGAAAGAAAAUAUCGAGAAGUGGGGCAACGAAUGCGCCAAAGAGAUGAAACUCACCCCUGAACAAUUGGAAGAAUACCGCAGCACCGACGGCCCUCCGGAUGACAAACCUGGAAGUUGUUACCUGGCUUGUGUGUUGCAAAAGGCUGAACUCAUGGAAGACCACGUUGUGCACAAAGAUAAGGUCCACGAUAUCAUGACAGAAAUAAGCGAGGCAGAGGGCAUAGAAGGGCUGGUCGAAAUCAGUGACAAGUGCGUGGAAACAGCGGAUGAGGAAACGGACGCGUGCAUCGCCGCUGCUGCAAUAGCGGAAUGUCUUUACGAGAACAUCGCAGAAUUGAAGAAGAAGAACAAUAAGGAGUAAGUCGAUAAAUCGAAAUGGGUCAACGGACGUGAACAUCGAUGAUUAUAUUUUCUAGAAAUAGUCAAAAUAUCCGCAACCACUACGUGAAUAUGUAAUCAAUUAUAAUUUUCAAAUCAGCGAGAAGCAAAAAUUAAAUGAAUCAAUCUACCCAUGAAUUACAGAAAAUUAUACACCAAGAUUUGAAUAAAAAUAUUUGCAAAAUG